CCAGCUUCCUCUGAAAGUGCAGGAGAGGGUAGUGUAACUGCCAGCCAUUCAGUCAAUGUGGUUGAUUACUUGCCUGCCUGUCUGACCUCAAAUGACUGUUCCCUUUCUGGUUCACUGAUCAUGGCUCAGCCAUGCUCUUGGGGCAAUAAAUACUAGAGUCUGGCCUGCCCAGAAUGGAGAUCUCUACCUGUCUCGCCAGCCCAGAAGCCUCCUAUCCCCGAGCACCUAUCAUUUAUGAAGCUCUUUCUCCUGGUUUUGACUGUUUCCCUGGUCCUGGCCCAGGUCACCUCAGUCAUGAAGUGUUGGGGUAAGUCGGGUAGGUGCAGAACAACGUGUAAAAAUGGGGAAGUAUUCCAUAUAUUAUGCAACGUUGAGACUAAGUGCUGUGUGCAGCAAAAGUAUGUGCACUUCAGAGUUGAAGCCUCAAACACAACUAGAAGCCUGGGAUCAACUUCUGCAGACUGA